CUACGAGGAGCUCGAGCGCGUCGUGCUGCGCCUCAAGCCGCACAAGGCCGGCGUGCAGUGGCGCUUCGCCGGCUCCUUCUACUUCGCCAUCACCGUCAUCACCACCAUCGGCUACGGGCACGCAGCGCCGAGCACGGAUGGCGGCAAGGUGUUCUGCAUGUUCUACGCGCUGCUGGGCAUCCCGCUCACUCUCGUCAUGUUCCAGAGCCUGGGCGAGCGCAUCAACACCUUCGUGAGGUACCUGCUGCACCGAGUGAAGAAGGGGCUGGGCAUGCGGCGCGCGGACGUGUCCAUGGCCAACAUGGUGCUCAUCGGCUUCUUCUCGUGCAUCAGCACGCUGUGCAUUGGCGCCGCAGCCUUCUCCUACUACGAGCACUGGACCUUCUUCCAGGCCUACUACUACUGCUUCAUCACGCUCACCACCAUCGGCUUCGGCGACUACGUGGCGCUGCAGAAGGACCAGGCGCUGCAGACACAGCCGCAGUAUGUGGCCUUCAGCUUCGUCUACAUCCUCACCGGCCUCACGGUCAUCGGCGCCUUCCUCAACCUCGUGGUGCUGCGCUUCAUGACCAUGAAUGCCGAGGACGAGAAACGCGACGCCGAGCACCGCGCGCUGCUCACGCGCAAUGGGCAGGUGGUCGGCUGUAGUGGCGGCGGGGGCGGUGGGGGCGGCAGCGCGCACACCACCGACACCGCCUCCUCCACGGCGGCGGCGGGGGGCGGCUUCCGCAACGUCUACGCAGAGGUGCUGCACUUUCAGUCCAUGUGCUCGUGCCUCUGGUACAAAAGCCGUGAGAAGCUGCAGUACUCCAUCCCCAUGAUCAUCCCGCGGGACCUCUCCACGUCUGACACGUGCGUCGAGCACAGCCACUCGUCGCCAGGAAUGGGCGGCCGCUACAGCGACACGCCGUCGCGCCGCUGCCUGUGCAGUGGGGCACCUCGCUCCGCCAUCAGCUCGGUGUCCACGGGCCUGCACAGCCUGUCCACCUUCCGCAGCCUCAUGAAGCGCAGGAGCUCGGUGUGAACGCCCCGAGGGGGCCUCUAGCGCCUGGGGGUGCUGGCUGGGGCUCCAGCUGGGAUGGGGGGAGGAGUAAGGGUCUGCCAGGAACCCCGACCCAGCCGCCUUCAACCCAGUGGGACUCCCCCAACACCCCUCACCACUCUCUCUCAGCCCCCCCAUCUCCGACUGUGCCUGCUCGCACCAGCUGGCAGGAGGCCGGGCUCUGAGGACCCCUGGAGCCCCCAUCCGAGCCCUGAAAAUUCCGAGAAAUGUGAAACUUGGGGGGGUUGGGAGGAGGGCAGAAGCUGGGAGCCUCCUAUCCCUUUGGAAACCUAAGAAGCUCCCCAGUCCUCAGAGACCCUGCUGGUACCCAGACCCCCACCUCCAGAGGGGACUUCAUGUUCCAUGUUCGUUUGCAUCUCUAUUUAUACCUCUGUCCUGCCAGGUCUCUCACCUUCCCUUGGCUCCAAAAGCCAAGGUGUCUUUGUCCAGGUCACCCCUACUCAGUCUCAUUCCCCUUACCCAUUCCCUGCUGUGUCACCCAACCUCCCACUACCUUUGUGGUGUUUUGCAUGGCUUUGCAAUUAUGGAGAAAGUGGACACCCAGAAGUCCCUAAAGUUAGUCCCCAGAGGGCAGACAGAAAAAAGGUAGGACAGGCAGGCAGCAGGAGGGGCCGAGGUGAGGGGAGUGGAGGAGGCAGCGGCCCCUCAGUCUGCAGCAUGGUCACACUGG